UCUGCUCAGUAUGAUCAGCUCAGCAUCCCCCCUUCCUCCCACCACCCCAAACCCCUCACUACUAACAUCCCAGACCCAGCUAUGUUCCUUGGGCUGAAGGAGGAGAGGGGAAAACUGUGGAAUUCUAAUGCUGUCAUCGUUUUGGGAAGGGAGAAGCUGAAAGGUGUUUGAUCCCUAAUCAAACCAACUCCCUUCACAUUCACCUCAUCCUCUGUUUUGAAACCCAAGUCCUGUAAAAACUGGCAGGGGUUAAAAACCUUCCAACACUGCCAGCUUUUCAUCCGGGUUUCCUGAAACACUUGGAAUUGCAGGUGCUGGUGAGAGUCCCAGGAACGAAGCAGAAUUGUUUCCCACUCUUUUCCAACAUGCUCUUUUCUCCCAGAGAGAACUGGAUGGGGAUUGCUGAGAGUUUGGGAAAUGGGAGGCUUUGCCCAGCAGUGGGUGCAGGGGCCUUGCCAGAUCCUGUGGCACCCAGAGUCUUCCUGAUCUCCAGAUCUUUGCCUUUAUCCUUUACCAUGAAAGCAGCACAUGGGCGACAGACCCCCAAAAAUGAGCCUGAUGGACAUCAACAAAAUGUUCUCCAUGCUCCAGCCCAGGGAUGACGAGCAGGAGGACGAUGGGGAGAGCGAGGAGCUGAGCCGGGCAGUGUCUGAGGAUGACUGUGAAACGCUGCAUCGCCUCCUGUCCCAGGACAGGUACAAGAGGCUCAUCAACCGCCGGAGCGGCUGGGGAGUCCCCAGCACCCCCCUGCGCCUGGCGGCCACGCGGGGCUGCGUGCGGAGCCUGCGGGUGCUGCUGGCCCACGGGGCUGAGGUGGACGGCCUAGACGUGAAGGCCCAGACCCCGCUGUUCGUGGCCGUCAGCAAUGGCCACCGAGAGUGCGUGGAGGCCCUGCUGGAUGCCGGGGCCAGUCCCGCAGGCAGCAUCUACAACAACUGCUCCCCGCUGCUCCUCGCGGCCAGGGACGGCAACGUGGACAUCCUGCGGCAGCUCCUGGAGCACGGAGCAGAGCCCAACGUCCAGGCCAGGCUGCCCCAGUGGGCGGCCAACUCAGUGUCCUGUUCUGGACCCCUGUACCUGGCGGCCGCCUACAAGCACCUGGAGUGCUUCAGACUGCUGCUCCUGCACGGGGCCGACCCCGACUACAACUGCACGGAUCAGGGGGUGAUCGCCCAGAUCAAGGAGCCCAAGACCCUGCUGGAGACGUGCCUGAGGCACGGCUGCCAUAGCAAGUUCAUCAAGCUGCUCAUUGACUUUGGAGCCAAUGUGUACCUGCCCAACGUGCCCGUGGAUGGGCCGGCACCACGCAGCGAGGGGCUGGAGCUGCUGCUGCAGGCCAGAGCUCAUCCCAAGUCCCUGCUGUCCCAGUCCCGACUGGCCAUGAGGCGAAUCCUGAAGCAGCCUGGCCACCUGUCCACCCUCAGAGAGCUGGAAAUCCCCACAGUCCUGGCCAACUACCUGCAGCACCAGCCGUGACACAGCCCGCCUCCAGGGACAGCCACUCUGACAUCUGGGAGUGAAGCUCUGAAAUCCAUGGAACCAACAGGAAUUUGUGUCACAAAGU